AUGCCUCGCGAUAACUUCCUUCCUUCUUUGGAUCGGUGUAUUUUUCACUCCACAACCGAGAUUUCCCAAAUUCAAUGGAAAAACUGUUGGUGGAUUCUCGAAGGCAGCGUCAUUCUGAGGGCAUUCAACUUGGAAGAAAUCCUUCAGAUAAUCCGUUACCGACCAUUUCCGGACGUUAACUAUCCACGUUCAUGCUUGUUGGAGCGUAACACGGCAUUUCUGACCAGCUUGCUUACCACGCCAGAGCCUGAGGGACAUCCACCACCUUGGAAUCUCUCUCAUGAACAAAAGGUCGAGCAGAUUUUGUCACGAUCCAUCCCUCCUUUCCAACGCUUAGUGUGGAACUGGUCUCCUGCGUCAGGCUGUUCACAAGAUGCACAGGUGAUAGCCGAUUCAAUCGAGGCGGAAAGCCAUCUUCAGUUCGGCAUGAUCCCGUUUGAGGAGAUCGUCCGUGCAUCUCUUGGGUACAGAACAGACGCUUUUGAAUGGUUUUUACACCAACAUACACAACUUUAUCAAAUUUUAGUCAAACACCUUCAGCACCAUCCUGAAGAGAUUCCUCUCUAUAAAAGUGUUGAGAAGGUCUUACGAACCAAAAGUCCAUUUGCCCAUCGAGCUUUAGUGCAAAGCAUUUUUGAUGCCCUACCGGAAAUGACUCACGAUGACAUACCUCGACCCGCGGCGACUCCUGGUCUUGAAUUCCUGUCAAAGCCCAUCCAACGCCUAUUCCUUCGGCCCCCUCCGACUUUGAAAAUACUGCUUAGUAUACUCGACGUUUUGGCUAUUCGCUUCCGACGAGAGUACAUUGAUACCCACACAAUGGAAUGGACUCUGGAGUUUGACACACAAUUAAUAUUCCUCGAAGACUAUUAUGACUUGAUCACAGCCGAGGAUUUGGCUCUCGAAUUGAUGGAAAGAGAUUUGACUUUCAUUCAAGGGUUCACAAGGACCCAGACAGACAACUGCUUUCGACGCGUUGUGGAUGAUAUCGUCGCUAAUGAUGACUGGGUUCAACAGUUUAGAGAUUACUGGAAUAAACUAAGCGAUUCUGUAUGGGACUGCUGCAUUGCAUCGCCACAUAUUGUUCCAGACUUGGAGAGUUGUAUGGAGAUCCUUCUCAAGGACCGAAAUUAUCAUUCCCUGACAGCCAUGGCGGACGGUAUUCACAAAUAUCACGUAUCAACCGGAAUAUGUGUGCCGGAUACCCCAUCUGAUGCAAUGCAUUUGAUGAACUCGGCCCAUAACUAUGCCACAUAUCUCCAGCACUUUCAAAAGUAUCCUGGGAUCCCGUGGGUUCUUCCCCAUCUCCGUCAUCAUCUUUUGGAUGAUCAUACCAGCAUGAAGGAUUAG